CUUUUGCAUCUCGGCGUCGUCGCGCAUUUAGCGUUUCUCCUAAGCUUCUCUCUCUCUCUCUCUCUCUCUCGUUCAAAUUUCUUUUCGGGUCUCCGUUUCUUCGCGGUUUCUUUCUCUCUCAGAUCUAUCGGGUAUUUUCUUCAGAGUAGAGCAAGAUGGGGUUGAGUUUCGCCAAGCUAUUUAGCCGGCUUUUUGCCAAGAAGGAGAUGCGAAUUCUGAUGGUUGGUCUUGAUGCUGCUGGUAAGACCACUAUUCUGUACAAGCUCAAGCUCGGAGAGAUAGUCACCACCAUCCCCACUAUUGGUUUCAAUGUGGAAACUGUGGAGUACAAGAACAUCAGUUUCACUGUGUGGGAUGUCGGGGGUCAGGACAAGAUCCGUCCUUUGUGGAGGCACUACUUCCAGAACACUCAGGGUCUUAUCUUCGUCGUGGACAGCAACGACAGAGACAGAGUAGUUGAGGCUAGAGAUGAACUCCACAGGAUGCUGAAUGAGGACGAGCUGCGUGAUGCUGUGUUGCUUGUGUUUGCCAACAAGCAAGAUCUUCCAAAUGCGAUGAAUGCAGCUGAAAUCACAGAUAAGCUUGGCCUUCACUCCCUCCGUCAGCGUCACUGGUACAUUCAGAGCACAUGCGCCACUUCUGGUGAAGGGCUCUACGAAGGUCUGGACUGGCUGUCCAACAACAUCGCCGGCAAGGCGUGAUGAAGUAAAAACUGCAUUGCAUCGAGAUGAUUCUGCCUGCUGUGUGUUGGGAAUUUUUCUGGAUGCAAGAGAAGACUAUAAAUAUUAUCUGAAUGUGAAUGUUUUGAUUGUGCAAGUAGAUGUCUUGUACCUAAAUCUUACUAGAAAGAACCCCUUUUAAAUAGUUUUCAUGUAUUUUAAAUUUGAAGAAACCUGGAUUGAUAAUUGUGUUAUUGCUUUCUUUGUUUUUUGCGUAUUCAUUAUGAAGAACAUAAAUUCUAGAGUUGUGUUCAAUAUUUGAAAUUUCUCAUA